CUCACACCGGCCGCCCGAAGAUCCUUAUCUGCGUCCCAGAAUAGCACUUCUCUCCCUUCUCUUCCCUCAGUGACUGGGAAGCCGCAGUGUUUUCCCCUUUUUCCCCAAAUUCUGCUGGGCCAUGAAGGCUGGCAUUGCUGCCCUGACAGCGGGCAUCCUGGGCAGCACGGCCAUGCUGCUCUUCCUGCUCGCCUUUGGGACGGACUACUGGCUGCUGGCUGCGGACACGUGCGGGGUCAUCGGGGAUGGAAACAACACGCACCAGUCCAGAGAGGCAGACACACUGACAGAGGCUGGGACGCAGAUCCUCACUUUCCAUCACGAGGGCUUCUUCUGGCGGUGCUGGUUCUUCGGCGAGGGCCAGUCCACGACCAUCUGGACCUUCUGGUACACCAGCCAAGCGCACCCCAAGCACUGCAUGCACGGCUACCUGUUCCCCAUGCCCAUCGUCCUGGGGCCUUUCCCACAUCCCUCCUAUGACACGACUGCAGUGUACAGAGGCUUCUGGACGGCGUUCAUCAUACUGGCCGUUGCUGCUGGCCUGGUGGGAGGACUGCUGCUGGUGUGUGGUGUGCCCUUUGUCAGCGCCAGGUCCUACAAAGUGGGCGGCGGGUUCCUGAUAGCCUCAGGAAGUUUAUUUCUCCUGCUCAUUUUCCUCUUUGUGCUGUGGAAGGAGUUUGUGGCCGAUUUCCAGAAGUACAUCCUCCUGGAGAGGAGCGAGGUGUGCCUGCAGGAGGCUCCUGUACACGUGUUAUAUGGCUGGUCCUUCUUCCUUGCUGCUGCCGGCGUGCCCCUGUCGCUGCUCUCUGGGCUCCUAUUCUUCCUGGUCGGCAGAGAAAUGACAGAGUCACUUGAGUAAGAAAAGGUGCUGAGAAACUCUUGGAGAAAACUGUUGAUGCUCCUUGUAAUGAAACAUACGCAAGUUUUGAAGAUUAUGUCCUUUUUGUAGCUGUAACUAUUGGCGUAGGUGCAUGAUUGAAGUGUUAUUUGGAGGCAGGGUGGAGCACUUAGCAUGCAAACACUCUCAGUCCUGUAGGCAUCUCUCUGGACUGUGCAGCAGUUUCAGGUGGGAGGACCAGCCUCCGCUGUGGCCAGCAGUCACCAUGGCUCAGCACUGCCAGCGCGGCCCAUCCGUGUUCAGCAGCACUGGAGGUUCCCAGCAUUCCCAGCAUCCUCGUUUCCUCUAAGAGGUAAUCGAAUGUGGCUGUGGGGGUGUAUGCUCUGACAUCUUUUCUGAGAAGCAAUUAAGGAUGAUUUUUUUUUAGCUAGCUCUAAUUGACGUCAAAGGACAACCAUCUUAAUGGAAUGUCUGGAAACAUGAGAGUUUUUUUCAUUAAAAGCCUUGAUUCUGAAGAUACAAAUGUACCUGUGCCUAACCUAACUCUUAAUAAUGACUAAACUAAUUUCUGUGGUAUGCAACAUGAGAUGUAUUAAUUAGUAUUUCUUUAAAGCGCUGUGCUACAAUGCAUUUAAGAUUUUGCCUGAACAGAGAGCUGUGGAAAUUUGCAAUCCAAAACUGAAAAUUAGAGCUGGGGGAAAGAAAACGGGAACAAUGAUGCUAUGAUUUUUUUGUUUGUUUGUUUGUUUUUAUGGUAGAGUUUGUCAGCCAGCUCACCAUGGGACCCUGUUGUAUUCCACCUAGCAUAAGAGCCAGCUCUGAAAAGACUUAUUAUAUACAAUUUAUAUAUUUUUUAAUUCUUGCAAUUGCUCAAGUGUACAUUGUCUGACAGGUUAAAGUGGUCCCACUAAGAGUAAUGCAUACUAAUGCUAUGUAAAACGAUCUAAAUUCAGGAGGUGAUGUCAUUUAUUCUGUGUAUGUGAAGGCUUGUAGACACUUGAGAAAUGACAAAGAGUUGAUCUUGUGUUUUUCAGUCAAGAUCUUGCUAUUUUGAAGUAGUUUGUUGGGCCCUUGCUUGCUGAAUUCAUCUGCAUAAAUUUUAAAUUAAACCUACUAAAAAUACAUGCUUUUCUCAUGGAUGUCAAAGUUUAUGGUAAACAUAUAUUUCCAAAGCUUUAUGUCAUACUACUGACUCAGUAUAUUUAAUUAAUAAUGUAAUGUAAACCUCUUCUAGAAAGCAGCGAAGACUCUUGGCAGUAUAAAAAUGUUUGUUAAUGCUCUUCCUAAAAUAUUAUUCAAGUCUGGCGUUUCUUUCCUUUUGGAGUUCUAAUUGCUCUUUUACAAGACUCAUUGCAUACACAGAGUGAGAAAUUGUAGUUCCCACAUGUAAAGAUUAGUUCUUUCGUAUGAAUAGCAAGCUUGUUCUAUAGUUCUUAAGUAAAACUCACACUAAUUUCCAUUAAGGGGAAUUUCGUUUGACUAGAAUUGUUGUAUACAGGUGAAAAUCGAGCAUUUUUCCCCAGUGAGUAGAUGCUUCAUGACAUUACAAGCACACUGAUACUUCAGUGUUUUAGCUGGCAUUUUUAAACUUUUUUUUUCUUUUUUUCUUUUUUUUUUUUUUUUUUUUUUUAAUUUCUCUCUCUUUGGGUCAUGCCUGUGCCCCAUCAGUUCCUCAAGUGAUAAUUUCUCACUAUAAAUUCUCUUUGAAUAAUUUUUGUCAUGUAAUUAUCUAUUCGGUGUAGAGAUGAACACUUACGGUCACAAAGAAUAAAAGUAUAUAAUCCAGGAGCAGAAGAGGUCAAGAUUUACAGUCACUUGCCUUUCACUGAUCCCAUAAAACAAUCCAAGCAUGCAGAAAUGAUGAUCCCAUAAGAGACACCGGGGCAGAAGUAUGAGAAUGCAGCAAGAAAUCCAUCAGACUUAUUGAUAUCUGUGAAGCUGAGGAUCCCUGAAGUUGUGAAUACAGAAGUGAGUUUUAUAUUACAGAAUGAAAUAUUUAUUAACUUUCUCCAUCUGUUCUUUAAAAAAUUUAGUUUAAUGUCAUCAAGGCAUUUAUGGAAUACAUUUAGCUUAAUUAUGCAUUCAUGCCUUAGGGAGUAAACCAUCCCUGGAGACUUGCUCCUUCUGGAUCAGCUCUAGAACAAGCAAUAGUUUAAAACUCAAUCAUUCUUUUCAAAAUCAUGACUUUGAAUCAUUCUUGAAUGGAAGAUGUUGGGUUUUUUUGUUGUUUAAACUCUAAUAUUGAGCAGAUUCUAAUAAUCACAACAAUAAGGAUAUAGCAAAUGACAUUAUACACUGGCACAAUUAAAUUAACUAGCACCUGUAAUAAAAUGCAACAUCUGUAGUCAGCAUAAGAUUGAACACAUCAUAUUGGUGGACUAAAAGGUCUUUUGGCCUCAUGUUUUUCUUGUGGCAAGUAUGCCUUAUACAGACAAAAUUUUGUGUGGGAAUCAUUAUUUCUGGAGGAGAAGCUUAAAAAAAAUAAGUUGAUGGAGUCAGCAGCAGGGUUUGAAAUUGUGGAAACCACAGCCUCUUUCAUCUGUUGCAUGUAAAGAAGUCUGAUGAAAGGAUAUUAUAGAGUACUGACAAGGACCUAAUUCUGAUCCAAGUUUUGUCAUUAUAAAUCAUGAGUAAUUCCAGAGACUGCAGUAGACUCUUAUCACUGUUAAACAUCUGUAAGUCAGAUCAGUACUGAGACUAAUAAAUACAUUCAAAAAUGCAUAAUUAAAACAGUGAUUUCACAUCACUGAUGAAUUUUAGUCAAGGAUUUCUUCAAGGAUGCUUUUCUCACAUUAGCAUUUGACGUUAGUAAGCAAUGAAUUAUUCCAUUUUUUCUUCCCAACAUCUGGGACACUUCCUGCUUUAUUUGCUACUUGCUGAGCACUCUGCAGGAAAUAUUAAUGAAUCUUGGGUGUUAAAGUAUAGGCCUUGUGGAUCACACACACAGGCAGUGUUACACAGUAGACUCUAUGUGCCUUGAAAUUAAGAGACUUGAUUUUGGUGAAGUAAGAUAAUGGGAGAUUUGUCAAAUAGGUGGGAGAGAGACAUGGGGAGUUGGGAUGCUACCCAAAGAUGAAUUCUCUGCAGCUCCCUCAUUCAAAUUGUUCCUUUGCAUCACUUUCUCCCAAGGGAGGCAAAAAAAAAUAACGAUAACAGAAUUUUCCUUGGUCAGAUCCACACUUUUACUGGUGACUGAGAAAACUAGCAACCAGGAAUUCCUUAAGGUAAGGGGCUAGGUGAGGGGCAACAACCUCAAGAAGGGAUGGACCAAAUCUCCCCAGCAUGACAGUAGCACUGCUGUGCUCUGCAGCUUUCUGUCACCACUGGCAGACUGGGAUUGUGUCAUCUUUCUUGACAAAUCCUGUGGUAAAACUCCACAGGUCUGCAGCUCUUUGGAGCAACCUGCAAAGAUCUGGUUUGAGCAGUAGAGGCAGGAGAUCUUCCUUUGAUGUUCCACAUCUGGCCAGGAAGGUGAGAGUAGUGUCUCUACUUCAGAAAACAGCUGUUGCCUUCUUUGUGCAAACAGGUAUGAACAGGGAGUCUCCAUUCUGAGAGCGAAGGUGUGAGCCCAACUAUGAGCUGGGGCCCAUCACAGACAAUGCCAAGGUGCAUCCUUCCUUUCCCUCUAUGCCUUCUCCAACUGCCAGGGUUGGGGUUUGUGGGCUCAGGAGGGGACAUGAUGCAGGAUGAGACCAAUGGAAGAACUGACACCCAAGCAGAAGGCUGAGGAUAGGCCUUCAUUGUGCUUGUGACAUGUCUGUAAGCACCAGCUCAUAUCAGGAGAUGGUUUUUCUCUUUAGUAACGAUGGAGAUUGAGGAUAUUAACUGUAAGAUAACCAAAAUGCACUUAGGUGUAUAAUUUCACUCUGGAAUGGCUUGCUUUCACCCAGCAGGACUUACAAAACUUUCUACUUGUUCUGCAUGCCCAGAAGAAUCCAACAGGGAGUGCUUUCACCUUAGUUAUGCAUACUUCCAACACUUUCAUGGAUGCAUGUACGUCUGCAGAGAGAAUGUCUCUGUACGCUCUGCCCCUUGUGUCAACUAGGCAUCACCAGUGCUCAGGGUCCCAACCUUGCAGCCAGCCCAUGGCACACAAGGGAACAAUGAGGUGCUCAGGCUUUACCUUCCUCUGGAUGGGGAUGUAACAGGAGGAAGUUCCCACAGACUAUUCCCUGUCAGCUCCUGCUUGGCAGCACAGCUCUUAUCAUGCUGAGUCAGUGUGUUUGGAGGCACCUCAGCACUUACGCUGAGUGCUGCCUGGGAAUGAGAGGGCACAGAUGUGGUGCAGCAAAUGAAGGCAGGAACAAAAUUAAAAUAAACAAGAAAAUAUAAGCUAGCUCCAUGCUUGGUGUGCAGGGCUGUACGCUGUACGUUACCACAGGAUUAAGUUGUAUCAGCCGGAGUACAUUUUACAAGAGUGCACAGCACCUCAAUCCUAUAAUCAAUAAGCUGUACAUGCUGCAGCACAAAGAGCUCUUAUCUGGAAUACCACUUUGAAUUUAGUGAAUUUAUUUAAUCCCUGAUGCCUGCAGAGCAUCAGUCCUCUCUUCUGGGUUAAUUUAUUUAUUCCGGUGAUCUAUUUUUAGUCUUUCAAGUACUUGACAUUUGAGAAGUACAUUUUUCUCCCCUACUUCCUUAAAAAAGCUUCUGAAUUGAAAAAAAUACUUCACCUACAGAAAUGCAUUUGUUUCCUCAUUCACUUCACCACUCUUUCUCUUGGGACACAGAGCCCUGUCACCAUGCACUGAAAGGAUCAGAGAAGGCUCCUUGCAACCCUGCUUGGCUCCACGUCAAUGCUGAGUAUUCAGAGGAUCUUCUUUCUUCCUUCUCAUCUCUUUCCCAUGAAUACUCUCCACCUCUUCAAAACAAUUAUCUAUUUUUAAGGUGUAUCGAAGGUGCUGCAUUUAUCUCCAGAGCUGUAAUGAGUGCAUGUGAUGCUCUCAUCUUCUAGAACUUCAUAUUUCUUAGUCGCACAAACUCUUUCCUGAAUCCAAAAGAUGCUAUGUAUGAUGGUACAAUACUGAUUGUUAUCAGAGCUGUAAAGGAUGCACUCUAAUUAACCCAAAUGAUAGAUACAGAACAUUUGGUUAUGCAAGAGUAGACCGAAGUUUGAUAAGCGUUAGGGUCUGCAAAAAAGAGAAAAUAUUCUUGCGCGACAUUCACUGAUUAGAUUAAUGAUGGCUUCAUAAAAGCAAGAAAAUAAAUAAAUAAAUAAAUAAAAGAGCAAGCGAAGAAUGCCGAGAAGAAAAACAGGCUGUUGGAGGAGUCAUUCACCAGAGCACACGGCACUGUUGCUCUGAUGGCAUGCAAUGAGAUGGUUGAGGAGCUGGAGCUGAAACCUUGUCCUUUACAGGCUGGAAUGAUCGUGGUGUGUGGUGAAUAAAUGGUGUUGAUUCUGAAAUAGAGGCAUCAAUUUUGAAUCUCUCCUUGAAAAAAAAAGUAAUAAAUAAACCGUAGGGAAAUUUAUCAAUUUAGACAAAUCAACCACUGAAUUAGCGCCAGUGAUUGCUGAGGUGGGUCCUUCGCUCACAUACAACCAUAUAUCAGAUCAUCUCUCACACACAGUCUGCCUCCCAAGCCACACACAGCGCUCCUAGGAUCAAGGUCAUUACCAAGUGAGCCCAGUAAUUAGCUCCAAAAACCAACCAUUAAUCACAUUUAUUGCAUUAUUCUUGCAUCACAUCCCAACAGCAUUCUUUCCACUAAAAGUAAAUCCCAAUGCUGGAAGAAAUGUUUCUGUCUCUUGCUCUUAUAAACAAUAAAUUCAUCUAUAAAAUGAGCACCAAAGAAGCACUUUUCAUGCUUUCAUCUGCAGCUGUCUGGCUUCACUUACCCAAUUUACACAAUUUGGGGUGGGAAGGACCCAUCCUACCAUGACCGCUGGGGGUU